AUGAUUGGGGGAAGAAACAUUACCAAGAUCACCCAAUUCAUCCUCCUGGGAUUCUCCGAUUUCCCCCAAAUCACAGCACUGCUCUUUGUUAUAUUCCUCAUCCUUUAUCUUAUAGCACUGACCUGGAACCUGUCCCUUAUUGUUUUAAUAAGGAUGGACUCCUACCUCCACACACCUAUGUACUUCUUCCUCAGCAAUCUGUCCUUUAUAGACUUCUGCUAUAUCACCUCUACAGUCCCAAAGAUGCUUUCCAACUUCUUCCAGGAAAAGCAAACUAUCAGUUUUGUGGACUGUAUUGUUCAAUACUUUAUCUUUUCCACUAUGGGACUGACUGAAUCUUGCCUCAUAACAGCCAUGACCUAUGACAGGUAUGCUGCCAUUUGUAACCCUCUUCUCUACUCAUCAAUCAUGUCACCCAGCCUCUGCUCUUGGAUGCUCUUGGGAAGCUAUACAGCAGGACUCAUAAGUUCUUUAUGUCAGAUAUGUGUCUUGCUGCAGCUCCACUUCUGUGGAUCUAAUGUCAUAAGACAUUUCUUCUGUGACAUGCCCCAGCUGUUAAAUCUAUCUUGCAACGACAAUUUCUUUGCUCAUGUCCUACUUGUCUUAUUAACAAUAUUUUUUGGGCUUACCAAUGCCUUCGUCAUCAUGGUAUCCUACGGCUAUAUUGUCUCAUCCAUCAUGAAGAUCACUUCAGCGAAGGGCAGGUCCAAGGCCUUCAACACUUGUGCUUCUCACCUGACAACUGUUUCUCUUUUCUAUAGUUCUGGCAUCUUUGUCUAUCUGAGUUCUAGCUCUGGUGGCUCCUCCAGCUUUGACAGAUUUGCAUCUGUCUUCUAUACUGUGGUGAUUCCCAUGUUGAACCCUUUGAUAUAUAGUCUGAGAAACAAGGAAAUCAAAGAUGCCAUGAAUAGGUUGCAGAAAAAGGCAACCUGCAGCUAA